AUGUCGUUGUUUGCCAGGGCUGUGAGCGACGCUUACGAAACCGCAAAGCAACGCGGUAUUCUUCAACAUCAUUUCAUGGCGCCCGUGUGCACAAGGCUCAUUCUGUCUUGCGUCGAAGGUCCCGACCCCGUGGGUCUGGGGAAUACCAUUAUUCGUGAUCAAGAUGGCCUCAAGUUGGGGCAAGUGCUACGCGCUCUUCUGCGAUUUUGUGACCUGACCUUUACACGCGGUCGCGCUAAGGUACUGACUGUCAACGAGUCUUAUGUCAUAAGUGGAAUAUAUGCUGAGACAUGGAAGGAGGACAAGGCCUAUAUCGCUCAGUUGUACGACGAGGCACAGGAGGAGUUGCCCUGCUUGCAGGAAGGUUACCUGGAUGAAGACCAAGCAGCUCGUGUUUGA